AUGGCAUCCAUUGGCACCACAGUUCCUCCACAUGCCACCAUGGCUUCAGGGGAAUACAAGGGUACUAGUAGUCUUUUGGGCUCGGGCCGUGUGGCUGAUGUUGCAUUGAGGGUCUUGCUGUUUGCGACCGCCUUGGUUGCAAUUAUUGUCAUGGUCACUUCUGAACAAACCAAACUGGUUUCGUUGCUUCCGGGCCUGGAAGUACCUCUUGUUGCAAAGUUUAACUAUUCCCCUGCUCUCAUAUACUUGGUAGCAGCGCUUUCCGUGGCUUGUUUGUAUAGCCUAAUCACUGGUGUAUUGUCGGUUUUGGCGUUGAUGAAGCUCGGAGGGAACUUCACACAGAUGCACUUUUAUUUUGUUAUACUUGAUUCUCUGCUAUUAGGUAUCGUGGCGGCAGCUACUGGUGCAGCAGGAUCAGUUGGAUACAUUGCACUAAAAGGAAACUCUCACACCGGAUGGAACAAAAUCUGUGAUAAGUUCACUACAACUUGUGUGCACUAUGCAGCCUCGAUUAUUCUAUCGUUCAUAUCCUCCAUAGCUCUUCUACUACUCGUUUGGCUCUCUGUUUGUAUGCUUUCAAAGAUCAUUGCAAGGCGAUAA